AAAAUUAAUUUACCAUCUCAUUUACUUCACAACAUUACAUCUUCACAAUUUAUUCUACUUUUCAUCAUCUAUAAUAGUAACAUAAACUCUCCAUCAUGGAUCAAGUUCGUACCGUUCUCCAACCCAUAACCCACAACCUUCCCGCACCUAUCAAAGACUUGGGAGUUUCUCUUAUCGGAGAACAAUGCUACAAAACGCUCCUCCUUGACAUCGACCCAUCCCACACAGAAUGUCUCAAACUCGGCAUUUCGAAGGGACUCGGAGUAGGAAUCAUUGCAGCUUCUUCUAUCGUCAAGAUCCCACAACUUCUCAAACUCAUCUCCUCCAAAUCUUCCUCGGGGAUAUCCUUCCUCUCCUACCUUCUUGAAACCUCCGCAUACCUUAUUUCGCUCGCCUAUAACUAUCGAUCAGAAUUCCCUUUCAGCACAUAUGGCGAAACGGCACUUAUUAUGGUGCAGAAUGUUGUGAUUGCAGUGUUGGUAUUGAACUAUAGUGGAAGAGCUAGCACAGCUGCCCUGUUCGUGGCAGGAUUGGCUGCAAGUGCCUUUACGCUUUUCAGUGGAAAUAUGCUGGAUAUGCAACAAUUAGCAUACUUGCAAGCAGGAGCUGGAGUUUUGGGAGUGGCAAGCAAAUUGCCGCAGAUUUUGACUGUCUGGCAAGAAGGGGGAACAGGACAGUUGAGCGCUUUCGCUGUAGGUUUAUUUCACUAUGUUUGAUCUAACAUAUCAAGGUGAACGAGAUGCUAAUUUAACAUUACUAGGUUUUCAAUUAUCUUGCUGGUUCUCUUUCCAGAAUCUUUACCACUCUUCAGGAAGUUGACGACAAACUCAUUCUCUAUGGAUUCAUUGCCGGAUUUGCGCUCAAUGCUAUCCUAGCUCUACAAAUGGUAUACUACUGGAAUUCUCCCAGCAAGACCAAGAGCAAGAAGAACAAGAGCAAGAAAUCUUCAAACACAAAGCAAAAGGAGAAGGUUUCUGUCGCAGCAUCUCCUGCCGCAAAUACCACUCAAUCGCAAAAGAACACAGCCAAGAGCCCUAGCACACGAAGACGUGGAUAAGUCUUCUAGCUUUGGGGGAUUUUUUUUGUUUUUAUGUUUUGUUUUGACUCCUGCUCAGUGCAGUUGUAGUCCUUUGCUGUCCAUUAUAUGGGUGAUUAGAUAAAUUAAUCUGAUCUAAUUGUCCUAAAUAUUGUUAUUUAAACUGUUGUACAAUUU